AACUGUUCAUUCACUCCAGUGCGGAAGCGCCUCCAGCUGCGUGCGUGCUGCCGAAAGAUGGCCUCACCAAGGACAAUAACCAUAGUGGCCCUUUCUUUUGCUCUGGGUUUAUUCUUCGUGUUCAUGGGGACCAUUAAGCUCACUCCGAGACUGAGCAAAGACGCCUACAGUGAAAUGAAAAGAGCGUACAAGAGCUACGCCAAGGCGUUGCCAGGUCUUAAGAAGAUCGGGGUCAGCUCGGUGCUGCUCCGCAAGAUCAUCGGCUCCCUGGAAGUGGGCUGUGGAGUAGUGCUGACCCUGGUGCCGGGCCGGCCGAAGGACGUGGCCAACUUCCUGCUGCUGCUGGUCAUGCUGGCCGUUCUGUUCUUCCACCAGCUAGUAGGAGACCCCCUGAAACGGUACGCCCACGCUCUAGUCUUCGGCAUUCUGCUCACCUGCCGACUGCUCAUCGCCCGCCAGAGCGACGACCGGCCGGAGCGCGAGGACAGCAGAGAGGAGCAGCACGUCAACGACCAGGAACGAAACAAAGUCAAGCUGUCUUAAGAUCGCCUUUCACCUGGAUCUGAGCAGCAGUAAAUCUGGUACACCUCUACGGACUAGAUUUUAAGGGAAACAUUCACUCCAAGUAAUAAUUCUGACAUACGUCUUACGUCUUGUCCAGCUGAUUGACUGAUUACUUUCACCUCGCUCGUUACAUCCUCUGCACUUUUACUGUGAAACUACGAAGUCCCGUCCUGUGCAUCCUCUACAUAUCAGUGGACAAUCGUGAAAAAUCUGUUGAUCUCAACUCAAAUGUCACACACAGUCAACGCAGCUUCUUAUUAUUUUCAGUCCCAUGCUGUAUUCAUGUUUGUUUUAAUUUU